AUGCGAAAUUUCAUUCCUGCAUUUCUGCGUUCACCCAUUAUUUUAUUCCCACUAAUCGUUUGUUUGUACAUACAGAAUCCAGCUCCUAUAACACCAAAACCCAUUUUUGGGGAAAGUGCAUCUGGACCAUCACCUUCUCAGUCAACUAUUGUUCCGCCUCCAAAGCCGCCUCCUCAACCACCUUUGCAACCUCCACCGCUCAUCCGUCAGCUCUACGCCAAACCAAUAAUAGCGCCACAGGUUCUUGAUCUCCCAAAGAAACCUCCAUUGCAACCGGGGCCGGGACAAUUCACAGCAUUUAAACCCAACGCAUUCCCUUCAUACCAGGCGCCUGUAUAUUACCAACCUGGAGCAAGGCAAAUAAUGAGUCAAAAUGGACCUGGACCGCAAAGGCCACCAAAUCCUUCAAUGUCACCUCAAAAUAUGCGCCCAAUGGGUCCACCUAUGCACCGACCAGGAGCGCCACCCAUUAAUCGGCCUCCCGGUCCUCCUGGUGCUUCGAUCCAGUAUCAAAGUUCUCCGAAUAUAAGGCCUCCAAUGCCAAUUCCUCAACAGCAGCAACUACAACAACCAGGCAUGCAAAGACCACCUAUGGCUCAAAAUAUGCGACCUACAACACCUCAGCAAGUGAGAGGCCCAAAUUUGAUGCCUCAGAAUGUAAGACCUUCUUUUUCACCGCAAAACUCAACAGCUGGACUCAAUCAACCAAUCAGACCAGGAGCUCCUCUAGUAAGGCCACCAAAUGUUGGCCAACCACAACCUCCACUGUCCAGUCUUGGCUCACAACAGAAUCGGCCAGCACCCAUUCCACAACAGAUUAUCAAUAACAGGCCUCCUUCGAUGCCAUUUAGAUCCCCAGUACAAAUGAGUAACCUUGGUGAUCAUUCUGGGUCUGAAAGAGAAUCACCGGAAACAUUAAGUCGUAUGCAGUCAGACUUAAGUCUAGGAAAAGUUGAUAGUCCCAGGAGUAGUUACCUAUCCACAGAUGAUGAUGAAGACGUCGUUAUCGGAAAAAUUACCCCACUGGCAUCAUUAAGAACUCCAGAAGGUCAACUGAGUCCAACGUUAAAAUCAUCUACAUCUGCACCAUUCAACAGAUCAGAUAGCCAAAUGUCUAUAUCAUCAAGACCACCGUCAGGGCUUGGAAAUUAUGUCAAAACAACCGAUACUUUGAGAACUGCACAAUCACCACAAACGCUACAAUCUACAGAAAUAGUGUAUAAGGAGAAGCACAUGAUUUCAACCGAAAAAUCGGUGGACAGUUCGGGGUCAUUCGAUAGGGACAGAACACCAGAACCUAGCAAAGUGGGACACGCUGAUCAAUCGAACCCAACAAGUCGUGCUCCCUCGACAGACAAUAUAAGCCGACCAAGUAAACCGAUAGAAUUAGGACCAGCCCGUUCGCAACCCCCCGCUGCAAUGGGGAAAUCAAGACAAAUAUCACCAACGACGCCAAGUGCUGAUCGAGUUACCUUUGUUUUACCGGAUGAAACAAACGGUGGUCAAAACUCGGAACCAAUGCGGAAGACCCCUGUUCCACCAAACUUUCUUAAAAAGCUCGACGCGGAAACGCGUGGUCAUAGCCCUUUUAGGAGUAAUCUCUCCGUGGAUCAAGACCAUUCUUCUGCAGAUAAUAGUAAGAUGAAAUUUAAUAAUCAUAAGAUUUUAUAA